AUGUAUAUCUAUAAUACAAGCAAUUUUUGUUUAUGCCAACGCAGGUUUACACGUGCAGUCAUGUGGCAAAAUGAAAGUUUACUAGUCUACUCAUGCGCCGAUUGCACGGCGGAUUAUGUUACUCAACUGUUUAGACUGUAAACGUGGCAUUCUUUUCACAUCAGCAUCAAGACAUGGCGACUUUCAGUUGGAACCGAUCUCUUCUUUUCUUCAGUUUUAUAGCUCUUUCACUGGCUGGUAAUCUGACAGUAACAAAGAAGGUGUUCUUUGAUGUUUCUAUAGAUGGCAAACCUCAAGGAAGAAUAGUGAUGGGAUUAUUUGGGAAUACCGUUCCAAAGACAGUAGAAAACUUCGUUGCCUUGACAACACAUAGUAAAGGUUAUGGUUACAAAGGCAGCAAAUUUCAUCGUGUCAUUGAAGAUUUUAUGAUUCAAGGUGGUGACUAUGAACUUGGUACAGGUUACGGUGGAAAGAGUAUUUAUGGAGAAUUUUUCCCCGAUGAGAACUUCAAUGUCAAUCAUUAUGGACCAGGAUGGUUGAGUAUGGCCACUAUGGGAAAAGACACCAAUGGAUCCCAGUUUUUCAUCACAGCUAAGAAGACCUCUUGGUUAGAUGGUAAACAUGUUGUUUUUGGAAAAGUCCUUGAAGGAAUGAAAGUAGUAAGAAAGAUUGAAUCUCAAAAAACAGAGGAGGAAAAGCCUUUAACUGACAUUGUUAUUACAGACUGUGGACUUAUAACAAAACCAUUUAAACCAUACGAAGAAACCGCUGAGGGUGUACCAGACACAGUUUAGAGGAGCAACAAUUUAUAAUUCACAAUCUCUCUACAAUGUCAUAGUUGUUAACUGAAACUUUUGCAGGGAUAUUUUUAUUUUGUUCAGCAAUUUAGCUUCAUCUUCAUCUUCAAAAAACAAAAACUUACAAAAUAUUGGAGAAUUCACAGAGAAAAACAAUUACUUAAUUAUAUGUGGUCAUUCAUACAUGUAUCAUCUAACCGAUAUAUAAUUGACAUCAACAUCAAGAGUUAUAAAGAGUGGAAGUUAUAUCAUUUUUGUAUUAUAACUAAUUUCUAGAUCUAUUCUAGAAGAAAACUAUUUUUUGAAUUAAUAACAUUAAUUAUAUGUAUAUUAAAUAAGGGACAAACAUUCCUUUUUUUCAUUUUUAACUUGCAAAUAUUGUAGCAUUGUUGUAUUUUUUUUUAAAUACUUGUAUUAUGUGAUAUGUCUAUGCAAUGUGUCAUAAUGAAUUUUAAAAGAACAAUAAAUUACAUAUUUUGUUAUUUCA